AUGGAUUUGUAUAGAGUUGACGAAGAUUGUGUCAAACCUUCCGGUAGAAGGUUUGAUUUAAAUUUUGAUGAGAAAAAAAUAAAUAAAAAAAUGUUGAGGAUUCAAAUAGAACGUGACAUUUCAGAUCAAAUAGGACCAAAAGAGGUUCUUGAUUCACUGAAGAGACUCGAUGAAUUUGCUGAAGAGCAAACCGUGGUAAUAAAGGGCAGAGAAUACACAAUUGUCUUCUUAAAGGACAAAAAUGAUGUUUUUUUGCUCGGAAAUAAGCCAAAUGAAAGUCUUAACAUAAGUGAUAGGUUUUUCGGAACGAUUCACGUUUCACAAAAAUUAUCGUCGACAAUUGUUAAUUUUUAGUGAAUGAAUCGGAGAAAUGAGCUUAAUUCGUCGGAUUCUAUAGGAUUCUAAUAAUUAAUGGUUGUUACCUAAUUUGGACUUCUUUGAAUUAAUUGUAAAAUUUAAAGAAUUAAAUUAUAAAUAUUUCGUUGCUGGAAAUGGAUUUUUUGUAAUAUAGUUUCAGCCUGAAGAAGUCAAUGUCCCAGUAUUCUGAUGAUUUAUCCAGUUUAAAGAUACACAUCUUAGCCUAAUCUAAUCUUCUUUAA